AUGGCCAGCAAUGUGAACGACCAGCUAAUAUCGCGGAUCAAAGCCAGUCGAUAUUUUGCUCUUCAGCUGGACGAAUCCACUGACAUAGCGAACCUCGCUAACCUGCUCGCCUACGUAAGGUAUGAAUACAACGGAGAAAUAGAGGAGGAAUUUCUCUUUUGUAAACCUUUGCAGACACGCACAACCGCAGAGGCACUUUUUGACAUGUUGAACGGUUUCAUCACAGAACAUGGGAUUGAUUGGUCAAGAUGCGUGGGAAUAAGCACAGACGGGGCAGCAGCCAUGGUAGGCCAACACACCGGCCUUGUUAAACGUGUGCAAGCAGUUGCUCCGCAAGCAAAAUCUAUCCACUGCUGCAUCCACAGAGAGGCUCUCGCAGCCAAAAGAAUGCCACCUGAUCUCAAAACUAUUCUGGAUGAAGCAGUAAAAACUGUCAAUUUUAUCAAGGCCCGCCCACUGAAUUCAAGACUGUUUUCAGUUUUAUGCGACGAGAUGGGCAGUGAGCACCGACAAUUGCUGCUCCAUACCGAGGUCCGGUGGCUGUCAAGAGGGAAGGUGCUUGCACGGCUUUACGAGUUGCGAGAUGAGGUGAGACUGUUUCUACUUGACUCCAAGUUCGACCUUUCUGGUCGAUUCAAUGAUGCUGACUGGCUUGCCAAGUUGGCAUAUCUGUCUGACAUUUUUGAGCACUUGAAUGGACUAAAUAGGAGCCUACAGGGGAAGUCAGUUACUCUUUUUCAUACGCAAGACAAAGUUGAAGCCGCAAUUAAGAAGAUGGGGAUGUGGGCCAGGCGCGUGGAGGAGGCAAACUAUGACUCAUUUCCAAAUCUUUCUGAUUUUUUAGACAGCUCAGACACGCACCUUUUAAGUGCUGUGCAAGAUGAUAUCAGACAGCACCUGCACCUGCUAAAAACUCAGCUACGGAUUUAUUUCCCAACCCCCGACACAACAGCGAAUUGGAUAAGAAAUCCGUUUGCCACACUGGAUGACUACAUCCUGACAAACCUCACCUCCAGAGAGCAAGACAGCCUGGCCGAACUGUCCUGUGACAGUGCUUUAAAAAUGGACUUUUCUGAGAAAUGCCUGCCUGCUUUUUGGCUGAAAGUUGCCACAGAAUACCCCGAGCUGUCCGACAAAGCCCUGAAGUGGCUUGUGCCUUUUCCAACAACUUACCUCUGUGAAUCAGGAUUUUCAUCCCUGGUCAUGUUUAAGUCAAAAUAUUGGAACAGACUUAAUAUUGAACCAGAUCUCAGAUUGAGGCUGUCAUCACUGGAACCUGACAUCCAGAAAUUAACGUCUGCAAAGCAACAUCAUCCAUCUCAUUAG